AUGAUUCGAACGGCGACAACGCUGAGCCAAGCCAUAAAUGAACUCCGCGCUGCUAGGGGCAAUAUCUCAUCUCCGCAGUUUUAUCAACUGAUACACGAGCAAGAUGCGAGACUCCCUUCCGUUCGUCUAUCAUUGUUAAAUGCCUCUGAAGUCGAAUACAUACUGUGCCUCGAGCCGGCUAAGACUAAUCAGGGAUUGGAUUCCUUUCCUACAAUCGCCCCGCCCGAGUUAUUAAUCAAAAAUCUCGCAAUGACCGACGAUGCUUUGAAGAACGAAAAAAACGCUGAAGCUAGUAUGCGCUGGAGGAUGAAUCACUUCCUUCUAUUUGCAUUUAACACAGCAAUGGACUCGUAUUCUGAAGAGAAAAGACUUCUGGAGAUCCACUGUGAGCCUAGAUGGUCAUUCGGACCCGUCCGAUAUAAGGACCAGGCCGUGAAGCUAUCAGGAUACCCAUCUUACGCCCUAUGGUACGGAAACGAAGACGAAGCCGCUUUGAAUGUCAUUGUGGCCCAGAAUACGAGGUUUAAGCGGCAUGAUAAGGGAAUUCCGGAAGUUCUAGGAUACAUGGGUUUCGUCCAUCAUCAUCGCAAGAAUGCAAAUAAAUUGAAUUCUCCGGUCUAUGGGGUUGCAACGGACUCUAAAACGUUUCACUUUGUCAGGCUGGACAAUAAUUCCACGUUUAUCACCGCAACACUGGACUCUGAGGUAGAUCUAGAAAAGGUGUUCAGUCUAUUGGUUCAUAUCUUGAAAGAAGCAUUGAUCGUCCAAUCGACUCAACCGAAAGAGCCAUCUAUGCAAUCUAAUCAAGGUGAAGGAUCCGUCGAUCCCCUCGUCCCCGUCGGGUCUUCUCUUAGACGAAAGGUUGCCAAGGAGACACAAUAUGAAAAGCUGAAAGUGGCCGCAGCUGCUUUGGAUGAGGAGCUCGAUUAUUAUGACAUAGAUGUGAGGGACCUCGAACUCGAAUUUCCCGAAGACGAGACCUCUGAAGAUGAGUAUUCUGAAGAUGACUAA